AUGCUGUCUCUGACUACUGGACGACUGCUGGAAUCCGAAUCGACGUCGCAGAUCCCGCUGGUUGCUGGCCACACGCUGUGCUCUAGCGACGACUCCAAUAUGCUGAUUGUCUUUGGCGGUGAUAUCCCUGACAGGGCCACGUAUGUAGCCCCCCUUUAUGUCUACAGCACCGGUAUUGAUUUGUGGCGGGCAGUCAACGAAACCGGGUUCCCUAAACCACUCGUCAACCAUACCACGGUGCUGCAAAAAUCCACUGGCGACAUGCUGAUCUUUGGCGGGUCUGCGUGGUCUGCCAACAGCAAUGAACUGCAGAUCACGAACUCGACCUUUCGCAUGCGACAGGCGACAGGCGACAAAAGCAACGACGGCGGGAAGCAGCCCAACAACCAACAGCAAGGAGACUUCCAGAUCAACCGAAGCUUCCCGCUCGGCAAAGGCAACUUUGUUGAUGUCUCCGUCGACUUCCGCCGGAGGCAAGACAGCUACACGCUGAGUCGGCGCGGGCUGGAUGGGCUGAAUGUCGGCAUCAUGUCGUGGAUCAACCAGACCCUGCCGAAAUCAGUCGCAGGACGCGUUGGGCACACCGCGAGCUUGGUCAGUGAUCGCUACAUGGUCGUGCUUGGGGGCAGAACCCGCUCGGGAAGCAUGGUCGGUCUGGAUGUCCUGUAUGUGUACGACAUGCUGGCCCGCACCUGGACUAGAAGGACAUCGUCUGGAGAUGCUCCAAAGAAGCGCCAGGCCCACAUUGCGGCAGUUGUCAACGACACAAUGAUCGUUGUUCAUGGUGGAACUAACACAAAUUCAUCGGCGGCCUUCGGCGAUAUUGCGGUGCUUGAUACGCAGACGUGGACCUGGUCUACGCCAAGUCUGGGCCAUAUGUUCUGGAUGAUGUUUGGGUAUGUCUCUGACGCUGCCAGCGCAGACAAGGGGCUCUACAUCCUGGACACAAGCACAUGGCAGUUCACCAACCGGUUCAGUGCGGCACGAUCUGGCCUGGAGAAGAAUCACACCUACUUCAAGGUCUCUGGCUGGACGAUUUUCGGUCUGCUCGUGUCGUCGGUUGUUGGGCUGUUUGUGAUCCUGAUCCUGAUGUACAUUGCCUACAUGCACUACUACAACCGCCACCCGCGGCUUUCUGAAUCCGGCGACGGCGAGAUUCUCUCUCCAACUACAGAGCUGCGCAGCCUGGGUCGCAAACUUACUGCCAAGCUCGGCACCCAGCGUAGCAAAAAGGCACAGCAGGAACAGCAGAAGCAGAAGGAGGAGCGCGAGCCUCUGGGCACCAAAAUGCUACGCAGCAACUUCCGGAGCCACGACCCGCGGCUGUCGGCACAGUCAGGCCCGGCGAUCAGUCUGUCGAACGGACGUGCAGUUGGGUAUUCGCCGGGCGGCGACGACACCAGCUUGCACAUUAUGUUUGACCUCAGCCGCGAGUCGAGUUUCGAGCGGGGGCUGCUGCCGCCGCCGGCGCCCACGCUGAACACGUCGCUGACACCCGACAGCCGCGAGCUCACGGCCAGUGGCACCCGUCUCAGUCGCCGCGUACACCUGGAUAACGUCGAAAUGCCCGGUGGCCUGCGCAACCGCGACUUUGUGUCCGGCUUUGCUGGCCUCAUCGACGACUCCGUGUCGAUUCCGGAUUCCGAGAACUUCCGUGGAUCUGUAGCCAGCGGCACUAGCGGCACUAGCGAUGGGCAGUGGUCGCGGACCGACAACCGCCGGAACCGCCGCAACAAGUCCAAGCAUGUGUCGGCCAUGCUGCCAAGAAUCGUCGGCAGCCGACUGACUCUGCCACCAGAGUCGGCCACCGCGCUGGCACGGUAUCGGUUCGAGGAGCUCGAAGAAACCCCUGACGGCGUUAUGCCGCCGCCAAAGACUGUGUCAGGAUAUCCAGGCGACGAGACCCCCCAAGCGAGCAUUGCUAUGCUGUCUGCUGGUAGGGACAGUGUUUCCGAUGCUGCUUUGGCGCCGCCAGUGAUGCCUGCCGCCUACCAGGAUGCCGGGUCAAUGAAGUCGCGCAGCUCGAAUGGCAGUGACAGCGACGUGAGAAGCUCGGCUGGGUCACAGGAGCCCUCAAUGCGCGAUUCAAUCGAUAUAUUUGCCGUCAUGAACCGGAUUAAUGGACAGGGGUUUUAUGUGGCGAACCCCGACAACAGCUAA